UCGUCUGCCGGAAUAGAAAAAGAAAGAGAAGGAGAAGAAGAAGAAGAAAGCCGUUCUUGCGUCGCUUGCGUGUGACGUAAUUGUUUCGCACAUGCGGCUCUUCAGCUAUCAUAACAUUUAGUUUUUUUAUGAACUGAUAUUAUAAAUUAACUGUUGAUUUUCACACACGGACACACAAAGAGACAGUCAUGGCCUCCAGCUGUCGACGGCCUGAACACACAGCUCCUCCGGAAGUGUUCUACAAUGAAGAAGAGGCGAAGAAAUACUCUCAGAACUCUCGAAUGAUUGAGAUCCAGACCCAGAUGUCAGAGAGAGCCGUAGAGCUUUUAAACCUGCCUGAGGGACAGCCAUGCUUCCUGCUGGAUGUGGGGUGCGGCUCUGGUCUCAGUGGAGACUACCUGUCAGAGGAGGGACACUACUGGGUUGGAGUCGAUAUCAGCACUGCAAUGCUGGAUGUUGCUCUGGACAGAGACGUAGAAGGAGACCUUUUAGUGGGGGACAUGGGCCAGGGGAUGCCUUUCCGACCUGGCACCUUUGACGGCUGUAUCAGUAUCUCUGCCCUGCAGUGGCUCUGUAAUGCAGACAAGAGGACACAUAGUCCUCCAAAGAGACUCUAUACCUUCUUUAGUACUCUGUACUCUACUCUGUCAAGAGGCUCACGUGCAAUUUUUCAACUUUAUCCAGAAAACUCAGAACAGCUUGAGCUGAUCACGACGCAGGCAAUGAGGGCAGGAUUCGGUGGAGGCAUGGUGGUGGAUUACCCCAACAGCAGCAAGGCUAAAAAGUUUUUCCUGUGUUUGUUCGCUGGAACAACAGGAGUUCUUCCCAAAGGAUUAGGAUCAGAAACUUCAGACAGAGCUGCUUCAAACCAGGUCCAGUUUUCAGGACAAAGAUGUCGGUUCAAGAACAUGAAGGGGAAAUCAGCUAAGAAGGGGCGAGAUUGGGUCUUGGAGAAGAAGGAGAGGAGGAGAAGACAGGGAAGGGAGGUUCGACCUGACACAAAAUACACCGGACGUCAGAGGAAACCACAUUUUUAGCUCUGACUCAGGCAGCUGUGCCUUCAGUAGCCCUCAUCUGUACCACCACACACACACACACACACACACACACACACAGAUACAAUCACCUCAGGAACUGCAGAGUGCUCGGACUUCAUUUUUUAACUCUUAAAUUCAGGUUGAUAAGAUGCAAGAUAUUUGGUGUUAUAUAUUUGGAGUGUUUGGCAGUUUGUCUCUCACUCUGCAUGUUCACAUUGACUGGAAGACUGACAUCUGCAGUACUUACUGGUGACACAAAACACAAUGGAGACAACAUGGAGAUAACAGCACAAACGCUGUUAUAGAAAUAAAACAGUUUCUGUAAAUGAGCUCUGUUCAGCUGUACAGUGUAUUAUCUGCAGUAUUUUUACAAUUAAAAAUCUGCAAAAAUA